UAACAGUCUGUUCAUAUGGUUAUGAUGAAAUUGUUCUGUACUUUCUUACCAUGGGCGCUGACAUAAAUGGAAAAGAUACCCGUUUGUCACCAAUGACAGCUGCAUGUGGAUCUGGAAAUUGUUCUACGGUUGGCUUGUUGAUCAAAAAAGGUGCCAACUUGAAUAAAGCAGAUAAAUGCGGGGAUACACCUUUAUAUGUCGCUUGUUUUGAGGGAAAUGAAAACGUAGUUAGAUUAUUAAUCAAUGAAAGAGCUGAAAUAAACAAAUCCACAAAACUUGGAGUGACACCUUUAUUUGCUGCAUGCACUGGUGGGGAUGCAAGCAUAGUAAAAAUACUUGUGGAGCAAGGCGCUGAUGUCAAUUAUAACACUAAGUUUGGAAAUACUCCCCUUGUAGCUGCAUGUUGUGGUGGAUUUGAGUUGAUAGUUGAAACACUUGUCAACAAUGGGGCAUCGGUAAAUAAAACAUUCGAAAAUGAAGAGUCGCCAUUAUUAGCGGCAUGUCAGAGAGGACAUGAAAAUAUUGUUCGGCUAUUGAUAGAACAUGAUGCCGCGAUUAAUUAUGCUACAAAAUCUGGAAACACGUCUUUGAACGUUGCGUGUUGUGGUGGACAUGAGUCUAUAGUACAGAUACUAAUAAACAGGAACGCUUCAAUCAAUACAACAAACGAACAUAACGGAUCACCGUUGUACGUGUCUUGUUUGAGGGGAUACAAGAAUAUUGUGCAGUUCCUGUUAGAAAAAGGGGCCAAAGCAAAUUAUUCUGAAAACAACUAUGUACCUUUGCAUGCUGCAUGUUUCAGAGGAGAUUACAAAAUAGCAAAGUUACUGAUAGAAAAACAGUCCGAAGUAAACAUCCCAAAGGCCGAUGGUCAGACACCUCUCCAUGCUGCAGUUAAGAGUCAUAAUGAGAAAUUAGUCGAUUUAUUAAUAUGUAAAGGCGCUGAUAUUAAUAAAACAGACGGUGGUGGCUUUACAUCUUUGUACGAGGCAUCAAUUGCUUGUAAUUUUCAAGCUGUGAAAAUAUUGAUAGAAAAAGGAGCAGUUAUAAACGUAGCUUCACAUUCUGGUGAAACUGCAUUGUUUGUAGCUUGUCGUGAGGGACAUACUGAAAUAUCAAAAUUUUUAGUAGAAAAGGGGGCUGACUUAAAUAAAAGUAAUUGUUAUUGCAAUACUCCUUUGCAUAUUGCAAGCGCUGGACGAUACAAAAAAAUAGUUAAGAUCUUGGUAGAGAAUAGUGCUGAUAUAAACAAAUCAAAUAACUACAAAGAAACACCGUUUUAUAUAGCAUGUGAAAAAGGAUACUAUACAAUUGCCAAAAUGCUAAUGAACAAAGAAAUUAAUAUAGAUGAAAUAACAGUUUAUGGGUGGAACGCUUUGUAUGCUGCGGCCUCAGCCGGUUAUAAUGAAGUAGUUGAACUAUUGUUAGAGAACGGAGCAAAUGUAAAUCAGUGCAAUACCUUCGGGUGGACCCCUUUGGUUGCUGCUUGCAGUGAAGGACAUAUAGACACCGUUAUUCUGUUAGUUAACAAGGGAGCUGAUAUUAAUAUAGCUAACACAAAGGGAGAGACUCCUAUGCACGUUGCCUGCUUAGGUGGGUACAGUUCAAUUUUUGAAAUUUUAUUUAACAAAGAAGCAAUUUUAAAUAGAUGUGAUGCGCAAGGAAAUUACCCCCUCCACAACGCAUGCUACAAUGGACAUCCUGAAAUAGUCGCGCUAUUACUAGAAGAGAAUGUUGAUGUAAACUGUAUAAAUAAUAUGAAAAACACACCUCUCCAUGUCGCAUGUGUCUGUGGACAUGAUGAAAUUGUUCAAAAAUUAAUGAAAAAACAUGCAAGUGUUAUAAAGGUUAAUAAAGAUGCUGAGACGCCUCUUUUUGUGGCAUGUAAAGGUGGUUAUCACAAAAUUGUUCGAAUACUCGUUGAAGCCAAUUCUUUAGUUGUUAAUGUAGUAAAUAUAUCUGGAUGGACACCUCUUUGUGCAGCUUGCAAGGCAGGUCAUUAUGACACAGUGCAAGUAUUAUUGGAAAAAGGUGCCAAUUUAAAUAAAGCGAACUGUGAUGGACACACACCUUUUGAUAUAGCAAUAAUUAGCAAGCACGACAAAAUAUUUGAAUUAUUGCAGGAUAAGGGAGCAGACAUAUUUGACUGGCCUGAUUAGACACGUCAUGCACAUAUAAUCUUAUUUUAUCUAGUUCUAUCUACAGCCGAUUCAACUACCUACAAAGAAACCUAUUAAAAUCCUAUUGUCAUUUAUAUAUGAUUUUGGGACGUCAUCAUUCAAUUAAAAGAACAAAUAAUUUUAUGACAUUAACAACACGCUAAAAAAAGUUUUCCGAUUGGAUUGUAUAAUACCCACCUUUAUCUUGGUCCGUAAGAGUACCCCUGUAUAGGUUCCAUGCACAAAUAAAAUAUUUAU